AUGAUUUGGCCCGUUUUUGCUGUUCUGCUGGCUUCAGCAAACGCCGCCGAUCCGAUCACCUACCAGACCGACGUCACCCCCGAUAACGCUGGAUUCUAUGGGGUAGAAGGGGCAG